AUGUCGCUCCUGCCCGCAGCCGCCGCUACCUUGGUAGCAGGCUUUUUGCUUUACUAUCUGUGUGGGGGACUAUUGCUUGGUCCUCUGGCUCGAAUUCCAGGCCCCAAAAUAUUUGCUUUGACGUCGCUGAGUCUUGCAUACGAAGACUACAAAGGCACGCGCACUCGCAAGAUCAAUGCCCUUCAUAACAAAUAUGGAGCGGCCGUCCGUGUCGGACCGAAUGAGGUAGCCUUCAAUAGUCUAUCUGCACUGCGUACGAUUUAUGGCGCUGGAAGUGGGUUUGAGCGAACCAGCUUCUACCAAAUGUUUGAUGUAUAUGGACGCAAAAACAUGUUCUCGUUCCAUACUGUCAAGGAGCAUGGCGAACGGAAAAAGAUGUUUGCCCAUGCCUACGCCAAUUCCGCGAUGUUAAAAGGUGUCACUGCUGCAUUGGUCGAAAACAAGGUGAAGCUGUUUUUGGAACUCCUCCAACGAGAAAGGGAGACAAGUGAGAUAUUUUCCACUCUCCAUUAUUUCUCUCUGGAUACCAUCACAGAGUUCCUCUAUGGAAAGUUCGGUAAGACUUCGUGCUUGGAGGGAAGUGCAAAGGACCGUGACCUUCUAGGUGAUAUCAUCGAUAUCGCUCGUCGGAAAUUAUCGUGGUUUGCGGUCCAUUUCCCAGCUUUCACCGACUGGCUUUACUCAAGGACCGGCAUCAUGGGCUAUAUCGCAAAACAAUUUUACCCGAUGCAGAAACCUACCACCUACACUGGCAUCCGGCUGCAUGCAAUGAAGGCCUGUCUAGCCUAUGCUCAGGCCUCUCCACAGGAGAAGGUCGAUCAAUCACCCUUGAUCGCGAAGCUGUGGAACCACCAUCGGUCUCAGAAAGAAGACGGUAUUGACGACAUGGACAUUGCGUCAGAGUGUGCUGAUCAUCUUCUGGCUGGCAUCGAUACAACCAGCGAUACCUUGAUGUUCCUCAUCUGGUCUCUGUCUAGACCGGAGCACAAGAAGUUCCAAGAAAAGCUCAUCGAGGAAGUUCAAAGUAUUCCUGAAGAAAGCCUUAACAGCGAAGGAAUUCCAACUACAGAAACAAGUGCCAAGUUGAUAUACGUUGAUGCAGUGAUCAAAGAAACGCUUCGGCUAUACGCUCCUUUACCAGGGUCUGAGCCACGAAUGCUUCCCGUGUCGAAGAUGAUAGAUGGAUAUGCUAUUCCAGCAAAAACGGUGGUUUCAAUGUCUCCUUACUCUCUGCAUCGCAAUGCCGAGGUCUUCAAAGAUCCACUGAAGUUCAACCCGGACCGUUGGAUUGAUGCUUCACCAGAGAUGAAGAGGUGGUUCUGGCCAUUUUCUAGUGGAGGCAGAAUGUGCAUUGGAAUGCAUCUUGCUAUGGCAGAAAUGACUACACUUGUGGCUGCUAUCUACCGCAAAUAUAAGACCACCACGAAGGGUGAUUUUGAUGUUAUCUCGCCCGGAAUUACCGGUCGCUAUGAGGUGUUUUACGAUGAAACUUGCCGUGGAAUGCGCGAACAUGAAUGCCAUAUUGAUUUCGUAGCUCAGGAUAACACGGAUACCCCCGGUAAAAGCUCUACACAACUUCGAAAGACAUGA